CCCUCCUCCCAAUCUGCGAUAAACUAAGUGAUAGCAGCAGCCCGUCGGACUGUCGGCUAUAAAACACAACAAAUCAUAAAGUGCAGGCAGGGGAAGGCAGAGGAAGGAGGACGGGAGGGAGAACCGUUAGCCGUUAGCCGUUAGCCUCCUUCUACUCCUCCUUCUUCUUCAUCGCGUUGUUGUUGUGUUUGUUUCGUGCCCUCCUGUCCUCCCCUCUCCUCUUCUUCUCCUCUUCUAUCCUCUCCUCUCUUCUCCUCUCCUACUUUCUCCCGAUGAGUUCCUAUUUUGUCAACUCCUCUUUCCCGGUGACGCUACCGGGAACGGGUGGAGGUGGACAGGCGGCGGCGGAGUCGUUCCUGGGUCAGAUCCCGCUCUAUUCGUCGGGAUACGCCGCCGACCACCCGCUCAGACACUACCCGGGGGCAGCAGCUGUUACCGCUGCCGCGGCCGUGGCGUACGGCGCGAGCGGCGGCGGCGUGCACCAGGACAAACCGUACUCGGCGUCCACCUACUACCAGCAGGCGGCCAACGGAGCGUACGGCGGACACCGGGCGACGGCGGCAGCGGCGGGGGUCGGUGUAGGGGGCGCGACCGGAGCCGGUGCCUGCGACUAUGCCACAGCGGCGGCGGCAGCGGCGGCGGCAGCGGCUGCCACGAGCUUUUACCGGGACAAGGAUCACCCGUGUAGUCUGGAAGAGCACCAUCUCGCCCUGAGUCAGGACGGCAUACACCGUAAAGCGGAGUGCGCGGGGCUGAGUGGGAAAGGGCUGUUCGGUGAAACGAUGGACGACAAGUCGGCAUCAGCCCCCAUUUAUCCGUGGAUGCAGCGGAUGAACGCGUGCAACGGGACCUUCGGUAGCCCCGGGAGGCGCGGUCGGCAGACGUACACGCGCUACCAGACGCUCGAGCUGGAGAAGGAGUUCCACUUCAACCGGUACCUCACGCGGCGGCGGCGGAUCGAGAUCGCGCACGCGCUCUGCCUCACGGAGAGGCAGAUCAAGAUCUGGUUUCAGAACCGGAGGAUGAAAUGGAAGAAGGAGAACAAGCUCAUCAACUCAUCUUCUUCUUCUUCCUCUUCUUCCUCCACGGUGAACGGGGGAGAGGAAGAGGAGAAACGGACGGAGUGAAAGAGGAGUAAAAUUAAAAAAAAAGAAAUAAACUGAUGUAAGACACUUAAAGGAGGGAGAGGAGGAUGGAAGAAAAGACAUGCUGGUUAAUCCCUUCCCCUCCCCGUCUCAAAGUUCUUUCAGACGUUUGUCUGCUGUGAAAACUCUGGGAAAGUAGCCUACAUUUGAGCAAUUUUAUUUUAUUUUUAUACCUGAGCAGAGGUGAAACAUGUACUAGAGAAGGAAGAAGAUUCCUUUUUAACCGCCCUAUUAUUGCCAGCCACCUAAAUAUUGUGUCAAACGGCUUCUAAACGCUGUAUUUGCUUCUCUGUGUGGUCUGAAAUUGGAAAAAUAAUUUGUAAAAGAUUCUUGAGAAGGAACCGCGUGACUAUGGACAGAAAUCAUGACAGAAAAAAGCGAAGAAAUGGGAAAAAAAAGAGAGCAGCAAGAGACAGAAGUGCGUUAAAAAAGAGAAAGGAGAAUGUUGGGCACUCUAAGUCACCCAAAGUGUAUUUAAAAAUACAGUAGGCUAAAUAAGUAACCAGCCACCCAACGGUGACGAGCUGUUUGAAGAUACAAUUUCUUGUUGCAUUCCUAGAAAACUUUUUUUUUUUUUGUUUGAAAUUCUCAGAUGUACUUGUCAGGCACUUGUUUUGAAGCUUUAGGAGACUUCGGGCUGUUUUUCCCCCGCAAUUAUUAUUUUUUUGUUUUUGUUUCUUAAUUUUUAAAGGUGUUGUAUACCUUCAAUUACACGUGCUCAUAACAAUGUGGGGAGGAAGUUAUUUCAGAAAUGUAUGUAUGUCAUAUGGUGUUGAUAUUUAAACUGUAUAGAAAUAAGCAAGGAAAAAAAUCACCUUGUACGGUGAAAAUAAUGUAACUGGGGAACGGGGUGGGGGUAAUUUAACC